AGAGAAAAAAGAAUUAAAAUCAUUCGAAAUGGUUGCGUAUUAUGAUGAAUUCGAUAAUGUUGAGCAGCCGAAAACAUUAACGUAUUGGGUGCGAAAUUUUCGCAUGAAACGCAUGCAAAUGCGUCGUAAAUUGCGUGGCUCAGGCAGUUUACGCGUGAACGCCAUUUUGUCGACGGCUCUCUUCAGCGCAGAGCAUGAGCUGCGCAGAAAGCAGCAGGAACGAUUCAGUCGUUGGCUCGACGUCCAAACGAAAUUUAUUCCCAACGGCAACAAAACCCACAAUCAAAAUAACAACUGCAACGAUAAAUUUCAUCAUGCGUGUGACGUCACAGAGGAAACGGAGACGGAAGAAUUCGAACGUCGCAAUGUCGAAAAUAAUUUGUGGCAAAGCGAACUGAGUGGCCUCGACAGAUUUUUGAGCAGUUUAAGCAGCAGCAACAAAAACAACAAUAGCCAAUGCGCCAUUGCAGUGAGCAGUUAGUUAAAAAGAGACAAACAUAUAUACUUGGAUAUAUGUACAUAAGAGAAAUGUGUUUUAGCUCAAAAAUUCGUCAUGCUUACCUUGUUUAUUAAUUUCGUUGAUAUAUUUGUUAAAUUAGUUUUAUUACGAAAGAAAUU